AUGGACGGCAACAGGGAAGCGGGGGAGCGGUGCGUGGAGGUGGCGCGAGCUGCGCUAGCGGCCGGCGAUAAAGAGAGGGCGCUCAGAUUUCUACAGAAGGCUCAGCGCCUCUACCCCUCGCCGGAGGUCGCGUCGCUGCUAGCGCAAGUGGCAAGCUCUCAGGCGGAAAAAGCGGGGCAGGCGGAGGGCGCGGGCGGGGCAGCGGCCGGCGCGGGCGCUGCCCGAAACGCGGAGGGCGCGGGAGAAGGGGGAAGGCGCGAGUCGGCGGGAGCGGGGCCGAGCAGCAGAGCGGGGGGGGAGCAGGGGGGAGCGGAUGGAUCGGGGACGAGACAAAGGAGCAGAGGACAGGGCUCGAGAGAGUCAGAGCAGGGGGAAGGAACUCCUGCAACGGCGGAGCAGGUGCAGCUGGUGGCGCGCAUCCUGCGCACAUCAUGCUACUACGAGGUGCUGGAGCUGCCCAAGGGGGCGCCGGAGGAGGACGUCAAGAAGGCCUACCGCAAGCUGUCGCUGAAAGUGCAUCCAGACAAGAACAAGGCCAAGGGCGCAGAGGAGGCGUUCAAAGUGGUAUCCCGCGCUUUCAAGUGUCUGACAGACGCGGACCUCCGGGCCAACUACGACCGCUACGGCCAUGAGGACCCGCAGCACCUGCUGCGGCAGCGCCAGCAGCAGCGGCAGCGGCAGGCAUACGCAGGAGGGUUUGGCGGCGGCCCGCGCAUGUACACGUCUUUCUUCGACGAUGAUGACUUUGAUCCGAAUGAUAUCUUCAACUCUUUCUUUGGCGUGCAUCCUGCACAUGCGCAAGCCUUCAGAGCGCACAUGCACCAGCAGAGGAUGCACCAGCGGCACCAGCAGCAGCACCGGCGGCAGCAGCAGCAGGAGGGGCAGGGCGGCGUGACGGUGAACCCCAUAUUCCUCAUGCAGCUGCUGCCCAUCAUCCUCUUCCUCGCCUACAACCUCCUUCCCUCACCCGAUCCGCUGUACCGGCUACGCAGAGACGAUGUUUAUUCAGAGCAACAGGUCACCAGGAUGCUCUCAGUGUCCUACUUUGUGAAGACUGAACCAGACUUUGGCACUUCAUACCCUGUGGGGUCGAAAGACCGUAUAAAAAUAGAGAACAGUGUAGAAGCUGACCACAGGGAGCGCGUGGAGACAAUGUGUCACAAUGAGCGUGUGCAGCAGGCGCACUUCUACAAGUGGGGUCAGGUCCAAAGAGCACGGGCCAUGCACAUGCCGAAUUGCGAGGAGCUCAAGCGCAUACGCACCUUGGUGUAUGGUUAA